AUGACUGCCAGUGAGUACGAGACGGAGUUCACCCGCCUACUGAGGUAUGGAGGGCACCUGGUGCCCACCGAGGCGUCGAAGAUCCAGAAGUUCAUUGCUGGACUUCGACCCUACCUGCGGAGGAAGAUCGAGAUCCAGGAAUACCCGACGUUGAGUCGAUAUAUUUCCCAGCUGGAGAAGGUGGAACGUGGAGAGCGGGAAAAGAAGGAGGGGAAGAUCCGUGAGCGGAGCCCCGCUGGGAGAUACUUCGGUACGGAUUCAUCUGGAAAGAACGCCCAGAGCAACGACCCGCGCAACAAGGGCAAGGCGCCCGCUGUUCGUGCGCCACCACCACUGGCGGCAAGGGGACCAGUGGAGAUCCAGGAGGAAGAGGAGGAGGAAUGUGCCCCUGAUGGAGCCGAGGCUGCCGCGAUCUCAGGUACCUUAUAUCUCUGUGGAGUUGCCUGUUAUACGUUGUUUGAUAACGGGGCGACCCAUAGUUUCCUGAGUGUGGGAGUGGCAGAGAGACUUGAGACUGGAGAGAUUGAGCCGAGGAGCGAUUUCACUGUGCGCAUACCAACCGGAGAGACAUUAGCAGUGCACGGGAUCCUGAGAGGCAUACCCCUUGAGAUUUGCGGUCGCAUUUUAGCCACAGAUCUCAUUGUGGUACCCAUCGGAGGUUUCGACAUCAUUCUGGGCAUGGAUUGGUUGAUGGAGUACCAAGCCUACAUUGAUUGUCCUCAAAGGACAAUCUGGUUUACGGAUGGAUUUGGAGGGUUCGAGUUCCGAGGAAUCGGAGAUGAGACUGGAGGAUACACCCGUUGCCCGGGAGUUUCCGGAUGUGUUCCCUGA